AUGGAAUACUCUUCUACCACGUGCAGUCCAAGCUAUACUUGUUCCAGCCCUCGACGUGAGCGUGCCCACCGAGACAGCGACGCGACGCUCAUUGAAAACACACGAUACAAUGAAUCCAUUCCAUGUACUGCCGAGGAGCUCAUUGAUAUGUAUGGUGAUGACGACUACAAAACACAACGUAUGGCGGAGUCUAGCGGGACCGAGCUAUAUUAUCCUCCUAUUCGUCCUACUCGUCGACAGCGUCGCAAAUCCGGACAGUAUCGCCCUGUCCCUGUCGAUGAUUAUGACUCUGGUGCCCCGGAAUGCACAUCCCGCCGCUCCUCCAUGAUGUAUCCAGACUCGUCCAAGGGUGACAGCCUGGGAUACUCGAACCAAGAAUACCAUGAUCCCCGUCAUAGCCAUUAUGUUCACUACCCGCUAGAGAAGGAGCACGCAUCUAUUCAUGGCUACGGCAACGGCUACCAAAACGAUCAUGAUAGUGCCCACCGUGACCCCCAUCACACCGCUCGCCAACACCCUAGUGCCAGGUGCUGCCACAUUGACCAUGCUGGGGGCCAGGAACAAGUACAAGCGCAGUAUCAAACUGCGACCUUCCCUCCGGAUGCACUUCCCGUCUCUGUCAUUCCAUACUUGUUCCCCAAGAAGGAGAAGAAGGUCUCUACGGCCGGGCGACUUCGGAAGAAACUGGUCGAAAUUACAAGGCAUCCGGACGUAGCAGUUCUCGGAUACAGGCCAGGUCAGCCGACGCCACGACACCAUAUUGAGGCCGAGUUGGAGAAGGACAUGUACUCGGAGGAAUAUGAGAGAAAACUCGCAAAACAUCUUCACUCCCUCAUGGAUCGGCGCGGGGCCAACUAUGGCGGCCCCCGACCCACAGCCAACCCUGCUCAUGAGCUCUCACACUCAUGCGGGCGAGACGGUCCGUCUGGCAGCAGGCGCGAGUCAUUGGUGUCGAACUCCGCUUCCCGUUCCCAGCGUAUGUCGAACUUCUAG